UGCCCCGUAAUAUGCCUAUGUAGACAGCAAGCAAUACUAUCGUUUUAAUAUAACAUAAUGUAUUCCUUGAAACUUCAUAAUGCUAUAAAAAAUUCGUGUAGAUCCAAGAGCCUGCGAGGAUGUAAAUCUAAAUUGUCUGAUUUAAGUGCAAAGCCGGAUCCUAGGUCUAUAACAAAAGACUAUGUGGGUCCCCCGGAUAAGUUAUCUAAUAUACGCCCCUAUGUCAGACAUAUUCCCAAGAAUGAAACAGACUUGGAAAGGCGCCUAAGGCAAAUGCAGGAGCAGACCGAAAAAUGGAAUCAUGAUUUCUGGUCAAAUCACAAUAAGAACUUCUAUCAGGAACGGGAAGAGUUCGUCAAAACGCAUGGAGCUGCAACUAAUGGGGAAGUAACUGCAGAUGAGAUGAGUGAAUUCUACAAGGCAUUUUUAGAUAAGAACAAAGAAAACCAUUUUCGCUACAACUUUUCGUGGUAUUUAAAAAAUUUUGAAAUGCUAAAAUUAGCUUUUAGAGUUUCUGUUGUACGAGUAAUAAAACGAGUAAAAAUGAAAAUACUGAAAUAAAAUGUAA